GACAAACACACACGAGCACACCACCACCACCACGACCCACCAUCAGCUCAUAGCUGGCGCUGGUGGUGCGAGGAGGAGGGGUCGGGCCCACGACUCGAGGCCUGGACGGACCCGGGUAAAAGGAUGCAGGCCAAUAGGCCCGGCCACACCACCACCACCAUCAACACCACCACCAACACCAUCGCCACCACCGCCACCGCGACCACCUUUACCACCAAAACCACCACGAGGAACGGCAGCAGCAGCAGCGACAGCAGCAGCAACGACGAGGAGUUGGGGCCGAACGAGCUCACGGGAGACUGGGAGGCAGCCGAACCCCGGGACCAGCAGGGCCUCAGCUCGGGGUCGAGCCCCAGCAGGUCGGCGGACCCCCCUCACGCCGGGGCCCCGGGCGGCGACAGAAGACCGCGGCCGCGCGGCCACGUUCCCCGGCGCUCCACGAGGCCCAGCCGGUACAAGUAUUCCUUGUCAGAGAUCGACUGGAGCGAUGGCAGUUCAGAUGAGAUGUACGAGGGCGAUGGAAUGAUGGAACAGGUCAACGAUCAGCCUGCAGAUGAGGGCACUCCCGUUCAAAUAUUUGGCUUGGCAGAGAGAGAGGAUGAUGAUGACGAUGACGACGAUGACGAUAACUUGCCCAUCACAGAAGAUUCAGAAGAUUAUGGGUGUCACUCACUUCUGGAUGAACAAUUCAAGCAAGAGGAGGAUUCAUCAUGUUGGGAUUUAGAGCAGGAUUUGGAAGAUCUUAGGCCCAGCGAGGAAGACAUUCAGAAGGAGGAGAAACUGCCGGCGGGAGACAAUCUCACCAACAGUUGGUCUUCACAAAAAAGCGAGGAGACGUUCGAAUCCUCACCUCCUGACAAAGACGCGGGGGACUGCCCACCGUCCGCCAGCCAGCAGGAGAACAGUGCCGUGGCGUCGGGCGAUCAAGGGGAUUCGUUCGCGAGCGCGCGCGUGGACUCGAAGGCGCUUGACGUGGAGGUGAAGCGUGAAGCGUGCGAUUUCAAGCCCAGGGAGGACGCGCAGUGUGGAGUUCGGCCCAGCACGGAGGCCUUGGCACGCUCCGUAGGGAUGCCCCUUAAAAUGCCAAAAAGGAAAAGAGGACGUCCUCCGAAAGCUCUGACCACGAGGACGGAGUGGCAGAUGUACAGGAGGCUGUGGAGGUAUGUGUGUGUACAUGAAUUAUAUAUACGUGUGUAUUUUUUUUCCGUUAGCUUUUAAAACCUAGCCGUCGAAAAUAUUCGGCUUAAUUUGCGUUUCGUUUGAGUCGAGUUUCUGCAUUUCUGAUGUAUUGUGAUAUUGUUUCGCUGUGCUAUGUUUUGUAUUGAGUUAUUUUACCUGUUUAUUUUCCUUUGAUUUGUUUUCAGUUGCUCUGAUUUACUUUCAAGCUCAGUGGACGUCCACGUAGUUAUAAAGGAUUUAUUCUUAACAAUCGUAUGAUGUUAUUUUCAUCGUUGAAACUACAUGGGUAAUUUUUGCAACGUUUAGAGGAUGUGAUGACACGAGUGUGUUUUUUUUGUUUUUCAGGGAAAGAUGGUGCAUGGAUUUAAUCGUGGAUUGGAGGCAGAAAAAAUCUGUGGCAUCACCAAGAGGACGGGCGAGUUGAUGUUUCUGAUGAAGUGGAAGGGCUGUGCUGAAGCAGACUUGGUCCUGGCAAGAGAAGCUAACUUGAAAUGUCCUCAAGUGGUGAUUGCGUUCUAUGAAAAGAGGCUAACACUUAGAUGAAUAAAACAUUUAGUAAAUUUAGUAAUUGCACCAAUUGGGUUGCUGAUACACUUUUCUGCAUUUUUUUAUUUUUACAUCCAAUGAACGAGUACAUUGAUUCAAAACAACUUGACAUAAACCCAUCGCAGGUGUUCUGUCAAAAUGCAUGUGGCUCUCCUUACCCCGGUAUCUGCUUGACACGAAUAGUGUCAGUGUAACGAUUUUAACCCCUCGCGAUGGGUUUUGUCCCAACUCGGGGUCACAAUUCACUCAUUAAGAAAUAUUUUCAUUUUUUUCUAAUCAUUGUGAUCAAUAUCGUCUGCACAGACAACAACAAUGCUCGAAUCGGAAAUUUUUGAAUGCUAAUGCAUCGGCUUUCGAUUCCGUACAUUGCGAUAUGGAAUCAUCUGAAUCGGUCCGUUGUUAUAAGCUCUCUAAAAAACGCGCGAGAAGUUUCUUCAGUCGUAAGGAGACUGUAGUCGGUUGAAAUGUACAUGUGUCGUGGGUACAAACUAGAAGGGAGACUUCUCUUUAGAGGCAACACGUUUAUUUUACAAGUAACAAUACAGAACACGAAGGGGUACGGCCCCUUCCACCCGCUACACUAGGGAGGUACGUCCUCACUGGCGUGCCCUACACACACACACACACUCGGGACCAAUCUCUAUAGAGCCCUCCGCUAUCGGGGUCCUCUGCUCCGGCUCCUAGGUCGUCAGGGCAGCUUCUUGAUCUUCGAGUGGACGACAACUGCCGGUUCCGUUCAGGGGUCCGGCUUUUAUACCCAGUUCCUGGCUCGCUCCGCCCCUAGCCGCCACUCCAUUCUGGAACCGUCUAGAGGGGCUUGGAGUGUGACGUUAUCCCUGGGGUCUGCACUUCUGGUCACGAGCUACUCUGGGGGUUACCUUGGCCCAACGGGCCGACUAUCUCCAUCAGCCUCCCUUCUGCCCCCUGUUGACCCGGAGCUGUUACACUUGUAGUAAUCAGAGCUAUAACACUAAAGUGUAUCUAAAUCUGUAAUUCGAAUGGUCUUCUACAACUUUAGACAAAAGGUUUGGGAAACUGUUUUCGGCAAUUGCAUGAAUAUUUAAAAUGCGCGCACACACAGGCACAUAGUGCUACACACUCGAUCGUUACACUGUAUUCUUCCGCACGUCGCAAAGUUACUCGUCUGAAGUUUGAACGAAACUAUGACCGGGGUUGGAACAGAACCACAACUGUAAGCAAACGCUGGUAAAUACUGGAAGUACAUACUGUGCAUAUCAACAUUUUUUACAAAAUAGUCUUACAAGUCGGAAUUACCUUUUGUCAAUUUGACCGCACUCCGAGACAGAGCAUUGUAGAUUAAAAUACCGCAGAGACAGAAGCAGCAUCGUCUAAAUGUCAACGUCUCACACUGAUUUGUCGCUAUUUAAUUAACGAUCUUCAAGACCUUCAAUUUUUUUGUUCUCACGAAUCCUAUUAUGAAGGCUAACCAAGCAAGUGUGCUUCCUUGAGUUAUCAGAGAUGUAAUCAUUAAUUUUUCAUUCCUCCCCAGUCGAAUUCCGUUCAAUCCAAGCAGCUAUUAACCAUUUCGUAAAUAGUUGCUAAAUACUGUGUACCACAUUAUAUUUGCGGUUUAGUGAUGUGCAUAUUUGCUGUUCAAUUUCAUUGACUUGGUUUGUCAGAUAGGAUCCCAUUUCAUUGAUAUUGUGAUGUAUAUUUACGAGGUAUUCGUAUUUAAAAACAAAAUUUGUAAAAAAAAUAGAGAAACCGCUAAAUGUAAUGGUUGGCACAACGAUAGUAAGUGCGUCAAUGGAAGGGCUUUCGUGAACGUUGGUUUGUUGUGAUUUGUGCAAAAUAAGAUGCGUGAAUUUUUGAACAUGUUCUGUAUUAUUUAUUGGAUUUUAGAACAAGCCGAAAGGAUGUGUACUACAAUCAUUGUCACUUUUUGUACAUUUGUUUUGAAUACAUGUUUUAAAAAGUUG